AUGCAUCGCUCAGGUGGAGAGAGAGGGAGAGAGACACCCGACACACCGACCGACACACCGACCGCCCCGCGCUCACUCAGCCUAUGCACUGGUGGAGCGCUGCCCGGUGGCUCUCUGUGCUUUCUACCAGGCGUCCCUGCCGCCCUGUGCGCACAUUGGACCUGUCUGGACCGAGAGGAAGGUCAAAAGGCGAAGAGACAACAAGUGGAGCUACCCGCAGACACAGGAGGGUUUUAUCCGUGCAGGACUGGGCACAAGUGAAAUCACCUGUCUGGAGGCGAUAGUAAGACUUUUAUGCAGACAAGUUAACUUUUUUAAAUCUGGAAUAAUGUGCAGUACCUGCGUGAAUCACAACAGGUGGUUUUUAAUGUAAAGAAGGAAUAGAAAACGGAACUUUUUGCACCUGAAUCCAGCAGGAGAUGCGUCUUUGCGCGUCCCGAAAGACAAAAGUGAUGUGAUGCGUUUUGGGAACUGAGUAACACAGCUGUUUGGAUGGACGAGCUCUGCAGCUGAAAGUGAGAAAAAAGUUCCUUUAAAGUUUCACUUAAAAAAAAAAGAAAGAAAAGAAGAAGAAUAGGACGGAGAAGCCCAGAGGAGAGAGAGGGAUAUGGAUGGUGCUGGGUCUGAAACCCGUGUGUCGGAGCAGCCUGCAGCUGGGAUGCACUGUGCAUCUGAGCCGCGACGUUUCACACCAUGAUACGGGUGCAAAACGGCACCUGACCACGACUGUCACAUACCUGAAGCCAAAUCCACAAGGAUCUACUAUGUCCUCACUACUGAUGAGGAAGCUGACUCUGUGCCAGGCCCUGACCUUUGUCCUGCUGCUGGUCGCUCCCGUCUGCCUGUCGUCCCCGCAGAGCUCUUGGAUUUCUGCGUGGGGUCCUUCCGGUGAGGCCUCAUCAGGUCGUCCGGCUCGUGCCCGGCGGCAGCUGCACUUCAGGAACGAGUGGGCGACGUGGAACGGCUGGUCUUUGUGCUCACGUAGCUGUGGGAGCGGAGCCUCAGUGAGGACACGCACCUGCAUCACCAGAAACCCAGUGGGUGGACCAUGUGCUGGAGAUCCCAGACAAUACAAGAUCUGCAACACCAAGGAGUGUCCCCCCAGCUCAGAGGAUUUCAGAGAGAUGCAGUGUGCUGCCUUCAAUGACAGACCAUUAGUGGCUGGAAACUCCUUCAGAUGGACCACCUUUCAUGGAGGCUCUAACCCCUGUGAACUGAGCUGCCUGGCCUUGGGUCACAACUUCUACUACAACUUUGGCCGUGUGCUCGAUGGCACAGCCUGCGAAAAGGAGCCUGGAGCAGUGUGUGUCAACGGACGCUGCCUGAAGCCUGGCUGUGACUCCAUCUUGGGUUCAAAGCAGCAGGAGGACGCCUGCAUGGUGUGUGGAGGACAAAACUCCACCUGUCUGCACCACAAGAGCGUGUACCAGAGCAACGGUCUGGAGGCAGGCGGACCUUUUGGAUACAACGAAGUGGCCAUGAUACCAGCUGGAGCCACUCACAUCCGAGUCACAGAUAACAGCAGGAAUUAUCUAGCCCUCCAGAACGGUCGCUCCCAGUUUGUGAUCAAUGGUAACUGGAAGAUCAGCAUUCCAGGAGAGUACAAUGUAGCCGGAACGAAGCUGCUGUACCGGCGCUCGGCAGACACGUGGGAGAGCUUCGAGGUACCAGGACCCACCCGGGAAGACCUCCAUCUAAUGGUGCUGGCAACAGACAGCAACCCAGGUAUCGAGUACGAGUACUGGUUGCCACCAGACCAGUAUGCCCUCUACCAUGGGAGGAGGAGUCCACUGCGUCAAGCUCACCACAGUGCCAACUACCUCCCCUGGGAUGAACCCGCCACUACAACCACAACCACCACCAGCACCAGCACUACCACCACCCGGGCUCCUCCUGUCACCACCCGACCACACUGGUUUUUAAGGCCUGUGAAGCCGCCGCGCCAAUCGCCCCACCACAACCGCCACCAGCGCCCCCACCAGCCAAUCCUUCCCCGCCUGGAGCGGGAGGAGAACCACAGAAACCUCUUGCCUCAGCCCUCACCCGGAAAGAAUUGUGGGAAAUGUCAGCGGGUUAAAGGUCGAAGGGAACGCCAGAGACAAUAUUGCCAGAAGGACUUUGUUUUCCGGGGCAGAGUCCUUGGGAAGCUGUACAGAGGCGAGGAGACGCGUUAUGACAUCCAGAUCAUCCACACUUACCGGAACGGCUACCGCCUGGAGCACCGGGAGUUCUUAUGGGCCCCUAAUUUGUGUGACUGCCCCCACCUGGAGGAAGGGAAACAGUACAUACUGAUGGUGCGCCGUCACAUUAACUAUGAGCACACUCUAAACCGCAUCCUGCUGGAGGAGGACAGCUACGUGGUGCCGUACAGACCCAGAGAGGACGAACUGCUCCGACCGCUCGAAAGACUCUGCAGCAACAGAGGACCCAAACAGCCAGCAGGACUGAGGGGAUGAGUGCAGAGAUUCUGUGUGUGU